AUGCUGGCGAAACAUACCCAGGGCUGGAGCCCGCAGAUCUGCCUGGGUUUGCAACUGGGCAGUUUGAGACAUUUCCGUGACUACUUCCCCCUCUCGGUGAGGACCUGGGCUGUGGGGUACUGGGUGCGGUUGGGGCUUCAGAAUAGACUCUUGGGACCACCAUCUCCCAAAGUGCAAUCUCACUGUUGGGGUGGGGUGCGCCCGUCUGCUCCCCAGCUAGUUAAAACUGCAAAGUUGGGCCCCUCCUGGAACUACCUCUUUGACUUCCACCCUCACGGGGUCCUGGUCGUGGGAGCCUUCGCCAACUUCUGCACAGAGCCCACGGGCUGCUCCUGCCUCUUCCCCGAACUCCCGCCACACCUGCUCAUGCUGCCUUGUUGGUUCCAUCUCCUCUUCUUCCAGGACUACAUCAUGUCAGGAGCUUCUGCCCUCCCCCCAGGUUUGGUCUCCUUUGUCAAGGCCCCGCUGCCUCAGUGGUGGCCAGGUGGCUGUCCUGGUGUGGGAGGGCCCCUGCAGGCGCUGGAGGCAAAACCCGGACAACUGAGCUUGCCGAUUCGGAAUCAGAAGAGAUUGGUUAAGUCAGCUCCGGAACUCGGGGAGAAUGAGCUCUUCCAGCAGUUCCCGAACCCGCCGAGCUCGUGGGUGCAGAGGGUGCAGGAGGCUCUGCGUCCGCUGCUAAGCGUGGCCCUGACGCUGUUCCUGGGCCGCCGGGGCCUCCCGCUGCCCUUCCGCGCGCCCAUCCGCACCGUCGGUGAGCCCCGGCCUCCGCCCCGCGAUCCUGGCCCAGGGCCCGCUCCCUCCCCGUCCCGGGUUGGGGCCUCGCCACCCAGACUGGCCUUUGGCCACCGCGCCAGCCCUGAACUCUGUUCCCGCCUAUCCCUACGGGCUGAAGGGAGGGAAGGAGGAAAAGAGGAGGAGAACCGGGGAUCCCAGCCCAGAUCGCCUCCCUUCCCGCCCGCAGUGGGGGCGGCGAUUCCCGUGCAGCAGAGCCCCCCGCCCAGUCCGGCCCAGGUGGACACGCUGCAAGCGCGCUACGUGGGGCGACUCACGCAGCUCUUCGAGGAGCACAAGGCGCGCUAUGGUGUUCCCGCCGACAGACACCUGGUCCUCACCGAGGCGCGCCCCCCCCGCCUGGCCUCGCCUGUCCGCUGGGUGACUGCAGGUGGGGAAGUGAAAUUAAAGACUGGCUGCCGGGCAUGGUGGCUCACGCCUGUGAUUCCAGCACUUUGGGAGGCCGAGGCGGGUGGAUCACUUGAGGUCAGCCCCACCCAGCAGCCAGCCCAGACUAGUGACUGA